ACUCGAGUUAACUCUCGCGCGUCCCUCCGCACAAUUCGUUCCUCCAUGGCGCACAGAUCCGACCAGCCGUCAGGGCGGGCGCAGGGAGUAGGGGUCCGUGCCAUCCGUGCUUCGUAACAUGAGAUCGGCCUUCUAAAUUUAGCACCACUUUUCGGCAAUGACGUCGUUGGCUCCUUCCGCACCCAGUGCCUCGGUCGCCGGUUGACAGUGUGCUGCGACUCCGUCCACAGCAAAGUUUUCCACGACGAUGUAAGUGUUCAUACGGUCUCCCAUCCGGACAUCGGCACACGCUCACAGAGGAACGAACAUCUCCAAAGUUUUAAACACCCCACGUGAUCCGUCCUCCUCAUCAGCCAAAGUACGUUCCUCAGCUGUUCGGAGGAGUCGUCGUCCCGCGACGCAAGCGAUACCGGGGUCUCCGAUGCGGCGGAACGGCGGUCUCUGCGGUGCUGUGAUCUCUUGAUUUGACAGAUCAUCUUGAUUGGCAGAUUUAAUCGUUGUAAAAAAUUACUACAUCGCGGCAGUCAUGGUGGUACAGGAAGAUGUGGAACCUACGGAGCAGAAAGCCUCGUCCGACAAGAAGCACAAGCUGCGUCAGCGGUUUCAGGUGGUACGAAAGCUGGGACAGGGCACCUAUGGCAAAGUUCAGCUUGCCAUCAACCGGACGACAGACCAAGAGGUGGCGAUCAAGACCAUCAAGAAGUCCAAGAUCGAGACAGAGCAGGACUCCCUGCGGAUCCGGAGGGAGAUCCAGAUAAUGUCCUCUAUCCAACACCCUUACAUUAUCCACAUAUACGAAGUGUUCGAGAACAAAGACAAGAUAGUGCUGGUAAUGCAGUAUGCGAGCGGCGGCGAACUCUACGACUACGUCAGCGAGCGCAAGGAACUCAGCUCCGACGAAGCCCGGAGGAUCUUCCGCCAGGUGGCGUCGGCCGUCUACUACUGUCACAAGAACAAGAUCUGCCACAGGGAUUUGAAGCUGGAAAACAUCCUGCUCGACGAGAAAGGCAACGCCAAGAUUGCAGACUUCGGCCUGUCCAACGUGUACGACGAGCGGCAUUUCCUCAGCACCUUCUGCGGGUCCCCCCUGUACGCCUCGCCCGAGAUCGUCAAGGGGACACCUUACUACGGGCCGGAGGUGGACUGUUGGAGUCUGGGGGUGCUCCUCUACACCCUGGUGUACGGCGCCAUGCCCUUCGACGGCAGCAACUUCAAACGUCUCGUCCGACAGAUUUCCGAGGCCGACUACUACGAGCCCAAGCGGAAGUCGGACGCUUCCCCGCUGAUCCGCCGUCUGCUCACCGUGGAUCCCGCCAAGCGUGCCACCGUUGUCGACAUCUGCCAGGACCGCUGGGUCAACCAGGGCUUUGACCAUUCCCUGCUUCAGCUGGCCGAGGACAUGUCCAACCUGACCCCAGUCCGACUAGACCUCCUGCUCGCCUUGGCGCCGGUCUCGCCAACGCCGGAAGAGCCAUCGGAUCCUCAGGCGCAGAAGAGCGACAGCUUCGACUACACACCAGGGAAAGUCGACAACUCAACGGACUUCAUCCCGGCUGCGCUCGCGGCGGAGCUGGAGGGACAGGGUGCAAAGCGUGAAGGCUCCUUCGACGGACUGGUCAAGAUGUCCAGUGUGUCGCACAAGAACAAGAAGGUCAGGACGUCCGACUCUGGGUGCCAGUCUAGCGUGGGGACACAGGGUGGGCCGUUCAACCACGACGAGGACUUUGCGGAGGACGAAGACGCGAGUCCAGUCGUCGCAGAGGUUGCUCCGGAGAAAGGAGAGAUGGAAGGCAUUGUUGCCGCGGCAUCUGGAAGUUCAGACGCGGCGGCUGCUCCAGAAUCUGUGCCCGAGGCUGCCGAGUCCAGAGACAUUGCGAAGCCCACGACACCGACGCCCGAACAGUCUUUGCCAGCAGAGAAGGAACCAGCGAAGGCGACGGAAGUCACGAAGCCGGAAGCAUCCGACGUGGCAGAAGCCAACAAAACUAGUCCAACGUCUGAAGAGAGCCAGGCGGAGCAGGCUCCCCAAGCGGCGGUGUUGGCCAGACGGGGUUCCGGGAUCCGUUGCCCUGGAAAAAUUGUAAUUCCAAAGUGCCUGAGCUCUCAGGGGUCCCCUACGAUCAACUCGUCCUCGCCAAAGUUCAAGGACACGAAGAAGCCGCCGCUGCCGCAAAGCAAGUCGACUGCAGAGCCUCCGAAGACGCCGGAAGUCAUCCAGAGCGGCGCGAGGUCUCCGGCUACUUCGGAGAAGAGGCCGGAGAAGACAGAAGCCAAGAAAACAGAACAAGAUGUCUCGGUGCCUCAAAAAGACAAGAGCAAGAGCCCUUUCGAUGCGACAAGGCCGGAGGAGACUGUCAAGGUCGUACGGCGAGUGAGGCCACCGCAGAAGCACGAAGUCCCCGAUGGCAUGGAGAAGUCGCCGUCCAUAGAGAGAACAAGAGAGGUUGAAGCUCCUGGAAUUCUGAGAAGAAGCACGUCUAAGCUCGGGAAAUCGUUGCAAGAUGACAGGGAACCGGACGAAGAGCCCGUUGAGAACGUGCUCCAGAGCACGGCCGAAAUUGUGCUGACGAAGAAGGAGCGGCAAGAGGAACCUGCCUGGAAGCCUCCGGCAGAAGAGCCGGAAGAGGAGGCCCCAGAGGAAGCCCCACCGAGGCGGCCGUCCCCUGAAGGGUCUGCGGACGAACCUGCCCGCCCGGCCACGGACUCUCCCGUUCGGAGCUACAAGAAGUUCACCUUCGGCAAGGAUGGGACAUGCAUCACGGAGAGCGGGAGGGUCUACGCGCAGCCCAAGUCCGACGGGUCCUGGACCACGGUCGAGAAGAAGACCAAGAUCACGAGGCGGCCCAGCAGCGUUGCGAGCGGGGACGAAGAGCCCCCACCAGUCCAGGAGAAGCUGACGGUCCCGCGCUCCGAGAGCGGCAGUUCGUCCGAGUCGAACGACAUAUUCAGCGACAUGUUCUCCGACUGGCGCACGUCCGGACCCUUCGGGAACCUGAUGCGGAUGAAAAGCUCCGUCAAGAAGCUCAACAAUGGGUCGCUUUUCCGCAGCGACCCCUUCACGGCGGACCCCUUCAAGGAGCGCCGUGCCCGCGAGUGGGGACGGCGGGGCGGCGCGUCUGUCUCCAACUCGACAGAGAGGGACUCGUCCGACGAGGACGACUUCGACCUCCACUUUGACAACUCGCACCCGCAGGCCCUGUUCCAGUUCAUGCGCAACAUGAGUCGCGACUUCCGCAACCACUGGAAGAGCUUCCUCCCCUCUUCACCCUUUGCGCGGGCAGCCAAGGAGUCGUCGUCACGUUCGCCAAGGGAGACCCUCCUGCGGUUCGUCGUCGACAGGCCGCCCAAGCCAUCCGGAAGUGAGCCUGGCACCCCGCACACCCGGGCAAGUGGAGAUCCGUUCUCGAAGCGGAUGUCUGGCGUCUGGGACCCUGUCGACAGGGCCUCCCUCUUCGGCACGCUCCGCCACAAGAACCGCCUGCAUGAGAUGGCGCCACGCCACGACCGCGGCGCAUCGCUUGACCGCAGCUCGGACUUCUGGGGUGCCCACCAGGACCCCGAGGGCACGAGGCACCGUGUCGAGAAGUGGCUCCACCUGUCAGACGACGCUGCACCACGGCCCGACGAUGCGCCACUGCGGAGCCAGCCCAAGUACAACCGCUCCAAGAGCGACAAGUUCAACCUUGCGGAAGACGGGCGCCCCACGUACCGCAGCGAGAUCAGCGUCGACAGCACCGCGCCGACGGGCGCACAGUGUGGCCGCUCGCUUAGCGUUCAUGAGCGCGGGACGCGUCCGCGGCCGCUCGUCCGAAUGCAGGUGUCCAUCAACAACCGGAGCAGCAACCCCAACACCCACAUCGUCAUCACGACACCGCCAUCUUCUGCACGCACAGAGUGCGGCCUGUGGCCGCGCGACGAGUCAGCACGGACGGACGACGAGCCCAACGACUCGUCGUUGCUCGAGGCACUCCAGACACGGGGCAUCCGUGGGCUCAUCUCGCACCGAAACGAAGCGCGGGCGAGGGCGCGCGAGGCCAGUCCGCGGGGCGAACCUCCAGACCCGGAGCAGCAGCCGCCACCGCCCCAGUCCGACAGAGGUAAGCAGGCCCCCUCUGCCGGACCCGCCGAAGACGCAUGCUGCAUGGACACUAACAAAGAUCUGCCGUCCUCUGGACGUGUGUAUCUCCCGCCGCCGCGCCCCAAAACCAUUCCGAUCUCGGACGAGCGGAGGCGGCUGUCGACGCCCGCGAGUCCCUCGGGCUCCGAGCCCCGGAGUCCAGGGGAGGAGAGCGUCCAGGAGCGGAUCCACCGCAAGAGCUUCUACCAACGCUUCCACGAGGAUCCACGUGCAGCGGCGCGCCGGCGGUCGGCGCUCUGGGACACGGAGUACUCGGGUCUCUGGAGCCAGGACAGGGACCUUGACAACGGCGCAUUCCUGCGGAAGUCGCGGAGCCUCUGGGACAACCAUGUCAGGGAGCCAAGGAGUCGCUCGGCCGCACGAGUCCUCCCUAGUUCCCUGGCGCUCGGACCGCAGAACCGUCACGGGCUCUUGUGGGGUCUGGGUGUGGACGCCGGAGUGCCCGAAGGAGCCCCCGGGGUCAGAACGGCCAACCGGAGGAGUUCCAGCGACUACGACAGCUUGGAGAACGAAGGCCCGUCCUCCUAAGACGCCGACUGCCUAUGGAGACGACACGUCCCGUGGACGUUGCGAUAUAACGGGGCAUUAAGUAUGUGAAGCUCAGUCUCCUCGUCGUGCAGAUGACGCGAGUGAUACCCCUUCAGCGAUUGGAGACCUCAUUUGGAACGGUUCUAGCCAUCAGGAGGCCAGAAAUGGCGGCGUGUAUCUCAAGUAACCCACUCGCUGCCUUCUAUUGUCUUUUUGUGGCAUUGCACCGAAGCACCGCCGGAGGCAGCGAGCUUGCGGUCCAACUUGAAGAUGUCCUCUGCCGCUGUAUCUGUCUCGGAUGGCUGCUUCCAGCACAAGCUUGCUUCCUUGCAUCAUGCUUUUGUGGCGUUGCAGCAAAGCACCACCGAAGGCAGAGAGCUUGUGGCGGAAGCGGGGGAACUCCGAGACACCCUCUGUCACGUGCCAGGAAUAUUUGCCCCAUUCUCUGAACAAACAUGUCCCUUUCGUUGAGGCGAGAUAUUUUAUGUGAAGCCUUUCUUUCUCUAAGCCAAGGGCUUGGAGAGAGAAAACCCGAUGAUGCCAUUCGAAAGAACAUCAGUCAAAUGUCUGUGCUGUUGAGGUGCAACAAAUCUGUCAGCUGCUUUUAUUCCUCCCCACUUGUGUGAUUAUCGAUGGGAGCUCUUCAAACCUGCCAUUGCAAAUAACACUUUUGGCCCAAACAAAAACGGCCGCAUCAGAGGUGCUUUAGUCGAUUCGAGCGGCCCGUUUUUGACACCCUCAAUGCCGACAGUGUUUUCGAGACUCGGAACCAAGCAUACUAGUAAUGUUUACUCGCUUUACCACACGAAAAGAGGCCCAAGACUCGGUUUCAAAUGAGUCCUCGAAACGUCUCCUUACUAGGGUUGGAAUACUCGUUUUUGUUUUUGUAUGUGUGUCUGGACUGUGCACCCUAUUUAUUGUACGAGCUUCGACGAUGCGCCACACGUUUCUUCCGCGAGUUGUUCAGGACUUGCAGUCGUUCGUGCUCAGCUUUUCUCAAGUUUGUUGAGCGGCGCUUAUACUGGGGGCAUCGGUGUUGAGGCAUCGAAUGUUGCGCGAGUCUUAACGUCAUUGGCUUUGCCACUUGUUGCCGAGGGGACCCGUGCGUGUUAAAAGUGGGCCAUGCGGCCGUGAAAGUUUAUGGGAAGGGUAGAAAUACGACCGACUUAAACGACACAAAGUGGCACGAGCCGUCAAUGUUAAAGGAGCCCUGCAAUUAAUUUCAGCGUUCUGCAAUCUGCGGCAAUGGGCGUCUUACGGUGCUGGAGCCAAAGCACGAGCUGCGGAAAUAAACAAAUUGUUUUGCUCGCAAAGUGGAUUUGAAAGGCUUGCAGUGUCGCCAGCCUGCUGCUAAUUUGCCAGUUGCUUCACUCUCGUCAUUAUUGAUUGCAUGAGCGCUCACCAGCAACAUUUGUAUUUGUAAACUGUAUCUGCCAUGUUUGCAUUUGAAACUGAUAUGCAAUUCGCACAGCUUGAAAAUGACUGCAGGGUUCCUUUUAAGAUGGUUGUCGUGGCACCAAGUUAUUUUGUGCGGUGUUGCAACUGUUGUACCUGGUUUCAUUGAGAAUGUCUCGAGAAACACGUUUGCACCCCUCGUCGGGAAGUGAAAUUGACCUGAACUACUAUAGGUUAGCCAAUUGGUGACCACACUCCCCCUGGAACAUUCGAGAUGGGCUGUUUGUAACCAGGUUCAAACAUUGCGCAAGUUUUUCGCUUUUUACUGUUUCCAGUGUCUCAAGCACGAGUCACUAUUUUAAGUGCAAUAGUGUAGUUUUUGCAUGCCGGCGAUAGACUAUCUACAAGUGCCUUUUUUCUUCGUUAAUUUAAACAAUGGCUCAACCAACGUGCAUAUCAGAAAUGUGCAUUCGUCUGUGUACUUUUUAGGGCUGCUUUUCGUACAGACCAAUCUACCUAAUAAGGAACAAAAAAUAUUUAUGACGCGACCACACGAAUAAUCCUUCCAAAGGGUUUUUUUUGGGCAAGUUUCUUAUUUGUCAAGCCCUACUCCCCUUGUUAUUGUUCUCAGAGAGAAAAAAGAACAAAAAAAAUCUUUUACACGAGAUCUUAAACGUGUUUUCUGUAUAGAUCUAUAUACCUGCUUACAUAAUUGAAAUCGCAGAAUUCACUUAGGGUUCUAGUCAUGCACUGUGUAUGUCGCAAAAAACAAAAAACAACAAAAAAAAAAACGAGCUUCUGUAACUCAAAUUGAUCCAGAACAACGCUUUUUCUUGCAACCAGUUCAUUUUUUUUUUUAUUGUUCCGUGUCACCACAAUCUGAGCAGUCUACUUUUUGUUGCCAAGAAACAAAACAAAUAAAAGCCCAGUGAUUGUGAUAAAGAAAAA